UUGAUAAUUAAGAAAGAAAAUUAUGUUGAAUAAUCUAUUGUUUAACUAUUAAUGAUCUUUCUCUUAAAAAACAAACAUCCAUUAAGUGGUAAUGAUUUGAAGUCAAUUUCAUAUGAACAUCCUAUGUAAUUUCAACAACACAAUUGUCAUCGUGUGAACUAUAACUCUUGGAAAUUUCGAAUGUAUACAAAUCUGUAUACUAGAUCUGUAUUAAGUAAAACUUUAUUAAUCUUAAUAUGGUUGCAUGAACAAGAUCAAAUUGUAUUUGGUUUUAAUGGAUAUAUAAAUUAUGAUUUAUUUGGAAUUAAAAAUGAUGAAAUUAUCAAAUCAUCUAUGAUAUGUGUAAAUCAAAAUGUUUAUAAUUGUAAAAGAAAUUCUAAUUUAAGAUUUAAUGAUUCUGUAUUAUUUCAAAAUAAUAAAUCGAAUCAUAAUUGUGACUUAUUUAGUGUGGAUAUAAAUCAGGAUUUAUUGAAUGGAGUAAAAGAAUGUAUCAAUAUAUUUAUUAAUAUGAAUACUAUCGGAAACACCAAACAGUAUCAAAUUAAGCUAAAAAAUCAGGAAGCAGUGAAGCUGUUAGUGUCGAAAAAUGUGAUUUUCGAAAACCUACUAACAGUCAGUGAUAUUUUCCAAUCAAGUGUAAUAAAUGAAACUGCUUCCGUUUUAAAAUUUCAUUCAAUAAGAAAUUCUGGAAUUCACAUAGAUAUUGAAUUAUCUGAACUAAAUCUCUAUCCAAUAUAUGAAGAUGUUAAUUACGAUGGAGUGAAUGAUGUUAUUUUAAAUGCUUCACCAGGAACUUAUGCAUUUCGAUUGAAACAACCAUUAUUGGAGAUUGCCAACCAGUUUUGCAGGUAUCCUUUACCAAGUCGAUAUUUAUUAUCACUAAAAGCAUUUCGUAGAAGACAAACAUACGGCUACAAACGAUCUUGCAGAGAACCGACCCAAACGAUUACAAGUCUCUGCCAGACAAAUGAACAUAUAAACUACCAUGGAGAUGAAAGACAGAAAACGUAUUUUUACGAAAGAUCUCUUAAUGAUCAAUGUGGACGUAAUCUAGCAGCAAUUCUUUCAGAUGAACCAAAUUCAUUCUAUUGUACUCGUGAUACACCUUUGAUCAAUGAAAUAUUUGGAGAGUAUGUCAAUGAACAAAUUGUUCAAUCACAUACAAGUUCAUGUGAUACAUAUGAAAAAUUGUGCGCAAAAUGUUUAAAUCGUAUGACAGAAAAUUCAAAAUGCAAUUCAAAAUAUAUGAAUAUGAAUGAAUUUUCAGAAAUAAAUGUUAGUUAUGAUGAAGGUGAAAGAAAUGUAACCGAUGCACGAUGCUGUGGUAUAUCUUGUUAUAAUAUACCUGUAUGUUUAUCUUACUACAGUUUAAUGUGUCAGUCAAAUAAAACGAAAAGAAACACAUUGGAAGAUAAAAUUUGUAUGGAUGGUAAUACAUUUCAAAUAUCAAUAACACCGGAAUUCGAUUUUCAUAAUGGCACAUUUAUGUGUCAUUUAAAACAAGCCAAUUAUUCACGUGGAUUUCGAUUGAAAUUCUCAUUAAAUUUAUCUGAACUUGUUAAACAAAAGCUUUCUGACAACUAUGUGAAUACUCGUGCGUCACUUUCAGUUGAAAGUCAACACAAUUUCGGUACUUCUGAAAAAUACAGGCUAAAUAUCAAUGCACUCGAUGUUGAAAUUUUAGUUGACGAACCCAAUAAAAGUGUAUUCCAUAGUUUCAAAGAGGCUAUACUAUUGGGUCGAAAGGUGAAAAAAUAUAAUGCCUAUGAAUUUUUUGUACAUAAACCUCCAUCAGUAACUGGGAUUAAAAGCAUUCAGUCGUCUGUUGAACAUGUCCUACAUACAGAUUCAGCAUUUACAACGAUACAAAGUAAUAAACCACAUGCAUUUAGUUCUAUAAAUUGGAAGCAGAAAGGCUGUGAUUUAGAUAUUUUUCAAAAUAUCAAGGUAACAAAAGCAUUGUCUGAGUUCCUUUCGAAAGGUUAUCCAGUUGACAUUUAUCCUGCAUCAAAUGUCAAAACAAACACACCACGUUCAAUGUCAGGUAAAGAAGACAAUGUUUAUUCGAAUAUACUGCACAGAUUUCGAUUAAACGACAAACAUGCAACUUUACCAAGAGCAAACAUUAAACUGUCAGGUAAUCAUUCAGUAUUACGAUCAGUAUUUUGUAAUAAUAAAAACUUCCCAACUAACUUCAACUUACAUACAAUUACGGAGGGAAAAUCAAUAGGACAAUAUCGAAUUACACGUAAAGUAGUAGAAGCAUCAGUGAAAUUCGUAACUAAUUCAUUAGGUAAAGAAAUACUUCAUAUUCUUGUGACAGGUUACGUGACAGGAACGCCAGCGUACAUCAAUUUCAAACUAAUUUGGCCUGCAAACUCGUUGAUUCUAAGUAACCAUGAUAUUGUUGUAUUGAAUUCCCAAACAAAAGAUUACUUCAAACCAAAUCAAAAGAUAGAAUCAUUUCACAUAACUUAUCAGAUUGAUAUUAAUUCAAUCAACGAGAUUCCAUUAUUUCCGUCACCGUUCCAGUCAACAUUAAUUUUUGAUCUAAUUAUCCAAGAGUGUGAUGCCAAUAUCGGAUUAAGAAUAUACAGUCCACUUUUCAGCCAUCGAAAUAAAGACAAAAUGCUUCAGGGUAGUGUUGUUAAAGGAUCAAUAGUUAGCAUACAUUCGAACAAGAGCACAGUGGAAGAAUCAUCACACUGGGUUAUGUUCAGUCCUUUAUUAUUUAUUACGAUUGGAAUUAGUUUGCUUUAUUUUUUGGUGCUGAUUAUAUUUGUAUAUAUAAAACAUUGUAUCAUAUCAAACAAAGGAUACCCGAUUUCAGUUGAAUAUCAGAAACAAAUUAGUAAUAAUCAUUACGGUAAUGACCUACAGUAUCAUCAAUUACUACUUCAUUCAUUUCCUAUCAAGCUGAAUAAUCGUACUUUAUAUUACACCACAUCAAGAAAAGGUGAAGAUUACAUUCAAACAUUUCCUCCAACUAGACAAACCUUAUAUCAUACCACCAUCGUUGAGAAACAUCCCUAUCAUCACUAUGGUCAUGAGUCACAGAGCUCUUACCGAAAAUUCUCAUCUAAUUCUACCUGGCUCAAUCAUAACACAUGGAAUACGAAUAACUCACAAAUAAAACGAAUAUUUUUAUUUACACAUCUUGCAUUCCGUGUCUUUUAUACCUUUCUAUUUACAUUCAGUGUUGCCGUCUCCUUAAUAUUUAGUUUACAACCUUCAGGUAGGAUUUCAACAUUUGAUAAUAUUUUACAAUGGCCAAAAAUAAAUCGAGAGUCAAUAGAGUUCAAUUCACUUCACAGUAGUAUGCACAGGCCAUCACGAAUAUCAGUUUUAACAGCAUCAUCCUUGCCAAUGCAUGAAACAGAAUUGGAUCAGAUUCAUCUAGUUGGUCCAAUUUUAAGGCUUCAAGCUGAAGUUCAUUGGAUAGAAGAAUUUGCUGAAAAAGAAUUAAAAAGACAACUUGAUUACGUUGAACGUAUGAAAUUAGCUUGUCAGCACGCUAUGACAGUUGAAUUGACAGAUGCUCUCAGAGAAGGUAGACAUUUGGUAAAUACUAGGCUUGAAAAAUGGCAAUUUAAUAGUACAUCACAAAAUACUGAUACUUUAAACCACAGCACACUACGUUCUGUCAACGAAUUAGCAAAUAUUCAUUUCAACAAACAACGUACAUUAUUUGAUCAUUUAUAUGAACAAAUGAGUCAAAAGUUAGAUUUCCGUAAUUCUGAAUCUUAUAAGAUCUAUACAAAUAUGCUUAAUUCUGUUUUUCAUUCUGGUUGGCUUCAAUAUGUUAAACGUAUGUUGAACACUUCAGAUAAUUUAGAAAGAAAUCCAAGACACUUUUCAAAUCACAAAGUACAUACAGAAACUAAACUUAACUUUCAUGACAGUAUGAGAAGAUAUUACGAAUUCGCUCAACAAAGAUCCGGUAUCAAAGCAUCAUAUGUAGCUUUAAUGAAUUAUAUGAAUUUUUACCAAGCUGAUGCUGUUCACCUGUUACCGUUACAGCUGCUUGAGAAUCUUAAGAAAGUAUUCAGUUCUCCGAAUUAUUAUCGUUCACUGUUUCAUUUAUCCCCAGAAGCAUCUAGUCAUUCCAUGAAUUCUGAGGUUAAUUUUAAAACACAUCAUCAAGUAAAUAGUUUUAAAACUUUACAAAUUCAAAAAACACAACAAGUACGUGUAUUUCUAACAACAAAUGAUUUGGAAGAAUAUACCGAUGGUACAAUUAGUUCAGUCAGUGAUAAAUUUACACAGGAUAUUUUCAACGAACAAAAUACUUUUAUUUCAGAAAAUUUUAUUCAAUAUAUUAAAUACAAUAGUCAACAAAGUGUUCAAAGUCAAUUGAACUAUCCAAACAAACAUCCAAUGUUACCAGUGAUGACUUUAACACAUAUUCGUUUAAGUUUACUAAUUUUAGACUGUUUCAUUAUUGCUUAUAGAUUUUUUCAUACAUAUAAAAUCUUGAAAGCAUUUUGGACAGGUCAAACUUUAUUUGUCGAUGCAUCAAGUUGGUUAGAGAGACAAACACACACCACUUUAGAUAAUGAAAGAGACAAUGGAAAUUUUCAUGAAGCAAACAAAACAAUAAAUGAACCGUUUGACAGUCAUUCAUGUAGAAAAUCUGUAGGAAAAGAAAAAUGUCUGCAAUCAAAUUUGUCUGAUUUUAAUGAAACACCGAAUAAACGUUUUUCAAGAACAGCAUUAUUUCAAUGUCUCCCACAACAUCAAAAUCUAUAUGAAUGUCGACAUGAAAAGCAGGCAUUGUACCAACCAUCGAUGUAUUUAUCUGGAAUCCCUAGAAAUUCGCAAUCUUCAGAAACAACAUCCUCAUCGAUCAUUUCCAAUCAAGUCAUUGAUUCACAAAGUAAAAAUAAAUCAAAACAGCACUUUCGCUUAAAUUCUUUAUGUGACCCCUCAACACAAAAUCUAUGUGAAGCACUUCCUGACAGUUCAUUGAUUCCUAUUGGACCACCAUUAUGCCUACCACCAUCAUCAUCUUUUGGUAUUGAACAAAAUGCCGGUUGCAUGUUAGGCAUACGAAGUGCAUGCUGUAGAAAGUCACAUUACAUUAGCUCAGUGAUUGGAUUCACUGUGAUCGUUUUUUUAUUCGGUUUAGUGCUAGUCCAAAUGUAUAAACCACAUGUAGCAAUGCCAAAAAAAGUAUCAGCACCAACAUCAACCUAUUCCAAACAGAGCAGUUCACAACUUUUAGCAAACAAAAUUCCAAAUUUAUCAACUCCAAUAAGUUUUUUUCUUCCUUAUUAUGAAUUGUUGAUCCAUGACCAUAGUAAUCGACUAAAUGAAGAUUGGCUUGAAUGGACAAAACGUAAUGAGUUGGCUAUGCGUGGACGCGUACUCAACUAUCUGUCCAGAUUUAAACAUGAAUUGAAUUACCUCGAUCAACAAGUGGACACAGAAAAUUCGGUUGUUCAAUCACUUCUUACUCAAGUUGAAUCAUCAUCUCCAAUAAUUAAAUCAAAAAAAUCCUACAACAAACCAACAAAUUAUCCUACCUCACCCAUUUUUAAUUCAGAAUUUUUAUUUCGUCAACAGAUUUGCCAUUUUUUACCAGUAAUAUCAGUUCCAAUAAACGAAGAAAACAUUUCUUCGAAUAAAGAAGGCAUUAUAACUUCAUUGCAUAAAAAAAUAAAACCGAACAAUAUUAAACGAAUUAUCUGGACUUCCGCGAUCAGUACAUUCGUAGAUUUUGAUUGGAAUAGUGAAGAACAAGCAAAUAAUUUAUUUAUAACAGCAAUUAUUGUCGGAAUAGUAAUGAUUAGUUGUAUUGGUAUAGUAGACGUAGGUGGCAAAAUCUUAAAAAUAUUAUAUAUCAACCCAACAGUCUCUGUAUCUGAUAUAAAAAAGUGGAAAAGUCAUUCAAAAGCACCAAGUAACACAGAAGAAUCAAUCAACUAUGUUCGAAACAUUGAGAAUAUUAUUCUAAUAUCACCUCAGCCAGCACCGAUUAUUCCAUGGCCUACCAAACCAUCAUUAAAAAUGAGUAGUCAACUUAGCCCCACAAACAGAGAGAAAUUAAGUCCUGAAUCUUCAGUAUCGGUAAUUAAAGAACCAGAAAAUCAACUUCCUUUAACUGCUUUUUAUUUAGAUUCUAAUCUUGUUUUAACACAAAGUAAUACAACACCUAUUAUAAAUAAUAAAACACUUCAACUUGAUGAUAUUUCACAUUCCUUACCUGUUUUCAUUGCUCAUUCACCAUCAUCAACACCUGUUAUUGCAUUAAAAACAGAUUCUUGGGCUUCCACUAAUUAACUCUCAGGCAUAUUCUUUGAAAAAACAUGAGCAGAACACUUGUGUUCUCUCUUUAUAAUCUACCUGUGUAAAUUUUUCCAGUUACUAUAUGUAUUUUUUUUCCUUUCUUUGUUGAGUUUCCUUGUAUUUAUUAUAAAUAUUCGUAUUAAAGUUUUUUAUUAAUACUUAGUGGAUGGAUUAGCAGAGAAAAGUUUCAGCCUCGUGUGUUAAUAAAUUAUAUAAAUAAUUUGAAAAUACACUUUACGUUCAUAUUUGUGUUUUGCAAGAAAAAAAUGAAUCCUCCACAGAAAUCAGAAACUUUAUCUUUUCAGUAGUCAGUAAACAUUUGAAGAAAAUAUUUAUCUAUUUAGUUAGUUAGCCAACCAAUAUCUGCCGAUAGUUUUCAUCCCAGUUUUGUUAAUGACACCAUCAUUAAUUCCAUUAUUAUGAUCAGUAUUUCAUUGACCAUAAACAACAAUAGCGUCUUCGGUCUCAAUCACUUCACUUCUUUCACUCAUUGACAAAAUUAAUUCAAGCACGAAGUUGUUAUGCAUAUAAAAUUCAUAAGUAGCUCUCUGAAUUAUCAAGAGUAAAACCACGGAAAAAUUGAUAUACCUCAUGAAACCAAUAAUCUUUGAAACACUAUCUAUACAUUCUGAGUUUAUUUAUUACAAUAAAUCGACUUUGAGAGAAUAAUGAUAAAAAAUACCUUUAUUCCAUGCUAAAUACUUCUUCAUAACAUAGAAUGUUAAGCAAAAAUGAGAUAAUAUUGCAUAACAAUUAUAUUCAACAUGAAUUCCAGUUGUUAUCCAUCUUCAGCUAUAAAAGUGGUCUAUCAUCUCAACUAUACUAACUGUUUUUCAUCUAUCAUGUAUAGGAUGAGUAAAUUUCAAUAUGAUUCGUC